CACACACAUUGUGCUUUUCAAGUACAAGCCGGACAUGACAUGGAGUGAUUUCGAGAAACACUUUGAUGUUUUCAUGUCACUGAAGUCGAAAUGUGUCAAGCCAGACACCAAGCAACCGUACAUGAAGAGCAUGAAGGCUGGCAAGAAUCGCAGCUGGGAAGAAUUCAACAAGGGAUUGACGCAUGGAUUUGUACUGGAGUUCGAGAACCAGGCGGAUCUGGAUUACUACCUCACAGAGGAUCCGGUGCAUCUGGAGUUUUCGCGCAAUGCAGCGCCAUUGAUUGAUGAUUCAGUUGUGAUCGAUAUCCGGGAUGGCGUUCUAUUCGGACCCCCAGCGAAGAAACCCGCAAUGCGCGCCGGCACCUAUAACGGCAGUUGCCAUUGCGGAUCGUGUGUUUGGACAGCUGAGAUUACCGACCCGGAGCACAUACUCUGUCACUGCGAUACCUGUCGGAAGCUGGGAGGAGGGCCAUACUCGAUGAACCAGAUCAUUCACAAGGACCAACUACGCAUCCUCACCGGACAACCCAGAGUCUACACCUACACCGGCGCCUCCGGAAAUCCCGUCCACUGCUACUUCUGCCCAACCUGCACCUCGCACAUCUACCACCACCAGGCCGUCAUGGGCGAUCGAAUCAUCAUCCGGACCAUCCUCCUCGAUGGCGGACAACGAAUGCAACCGGGAGGCGAGAUCUUCGCGGAGGGAAAGCUCGGGUGGGUGGACGCAUUGCGGGAAACGCUGGAAAAGAAGGGUUAGACAGUGGAGAGAGAAGUGAAAUAAUAGACACCGUUCAGGGCGAAGUACUGUACUCUGUACUGGUACUCUUAUAGUAUCCGCAUUGGGAAGUCGUAGAUAGCGCUGAGUCAGCGGAAGUGUUAUCGCCGCAUUACCUCUGUCUCUCUGCAUCGCCC